GACACGGUUAAAUCCAAACCCAAAUGCGAAAGCUCUACGUAUCAUGCAGAUUUAUCGAUAGGCAGAGAGAGGUAUCGGAGAGGGGCGAAGAUCCAAAACCGUUGCCAUUUUCACUGUCGAAUCUGCAAAACUUAUCGUUAUCUCCUGCUAAUUGGCGGAUUAGCGGGUGUUUGAAUCGAUUCCUGCCCCAUCUCCAAUCGAAGUUUACGCUUUGAAUUGGAAUUGGGUUUCGGUUCAAAGUUUGCUCUUUUAUUGCUUUGCCCUGGGGCUAAUCAGAUAUGCAGGACCAGCUCGUGUGCCAUGGGUGUAGAAAUGUUUUGCUCUAUCCUAGAGGAUCGACAAAUGUAUGCUGUGCAUUAUGUAGCACGAUCAACAUGGUUCCUCCUCCUCAUCCUCCUCGUGUUCGUGCAGGGAUGGACAUGGCUCACAUUAUAUGUGGUGGUUGCCGGACAAUGCUUAUGUAUACACGUGGGGCAAAUAGCGUAAGAUGUUCUUGCUGUCAGACUUUGAACCUCGUACCAGCACACACCAAUCAGGUGGCACAUAUCAACUGUGGGCACUGUCGGACAACACUUAUGUAUCCAUACGGAGCGUCAUCUGUUAAAUGUGCUGUUUGCCAAUACGUUAAUAAUGUUAAUAUGGGAAAUGCAAGGGCUCCUCUCCCGAUGAACCGGCCGAAUGGAACUGCUACUCCAGGGACAAUACCCUCAACAUCCACUCAGUCGACCCCACCUACUCAGACCCAAACCGUUGUCGUGGAGAACCCCAUGUCCCUCAAUGAAAGCGGAAAAUUGGUAAGCAACGUCGUGGUUGGAGUCACGACUGAUAAAAAAUAACCAUGCAAAAGAGCUUUGGGAGAAGAUCCAUUCUCAUCUAUUUUUUUCUGCGGCUGGUUUGUGCAUAUUAUUACAUUGCCGGGGGGGAAGGUCUGUCUAUAAUGUUGUCGUAACUUAUGGGACUAAGUGGUUUCCUGCUCUGAGGGUAAUAAUGAGUAGUGUUUUGUUCCUUUUUUUUUUUGUUUGUUGCUGCUGCAUGGGGUGUGGCCUUUCUCUGUGUUGUAGACUUCGUCAUUCAUAAAAACAUUUGAUGUUACUUCUCAUAAUGCCAUAGAUAUUGAACCU